CGCUCGAGAGCCGGGGAGUGGGAAAUAAGGUGUCUCCGCUCCUCGUUUCCGGGCCGGUGGAGGAACGGAGCGGCGCGGGAGGAGGAGGCGGCGGUGAUGAUGGCGGCGGAGCGGGGGGUGCCGGGGCUUGAGGCCCAGAAGCUGCAAGUCGAGGGCGACGGGCCUGGCCAACCGGGCCGGGAGCGGCCGCUGCGGGCGGGAGAGAAAUGGUAUCUGCUGGAGAACCACUGGUACCAGCAGUGGAAAGCUUACGUGGAAUCCGGAGACCAGAACUCCAGCUCUUACCCAGGUCGGAUCAACAACGCCGAACUCUUUGAAGAUUUGGAGUCAUACCGGUUGAAGGACAGGCUGGUGGAAUACGAGGAAUACAUUCUGGUGCCGGAGGAAGUCUGGAACAAGCUGGUGAGCUGGUACGGCAUUGAGCAUGAACAGCCACCCAUUGAACGCAAGGUGGUGGACUUACCGAGCAUGCCCAAGGUGGAGGUUUACCUGGUGGACCUCUACCUCUGCCAGCACAAUGACAUGGACAACCCCGUCGUGGCCUCCUUCAGCCGCAUGGACAUUAUCGACAACGUCCUUAAGGAAGCCCGGCGCCUCUUUGUCAUCCCGCCUGAGGAGGAGACAAGACUCUGGGUGAAAAACGCAGAUGGGUCUUGCGAGAGGCUGCGGAACUUACAGAUGACUGUGCUGGACGCUUGCCUCAGUUCAGGGCAGGUGGUGAUCAUGGAGUCCAGGAGCAAAGAUGGAACCUGGCCCAGCUCUAGGCCACAUAUCAUGAAGAACUCCGUGGAGGAUGAAGAAUUGUACCAGGGCCAGCCGGGGGUCUGCGGCCUCACCAACCUGGGCAACACCUGCUUCAUGAACUCUGCCUUGCAGUGUCUGAGCAACGUGCCCUCUCUCACGGAGUACUUCCUCAAGAACUGCUACCUGGAGGAGCUCAACUUCACCAACCCUCUGGGGAUGAAGGGGGAAAUCGCGGAAGCCUACGCCGACCUCAUUAAGCAGCAGUGGUCUGGCCACCACCGCUCCAUCGUGCCUCGCAUGUUCAAGACCAAAGUGGGUCACUUUGCCUCCCAGUUCCUUGGCUACCAGCAGCACGACUCUCAGGAGCUUCUCUCCUUUCUGCUCGACGGGCUGCACGAGGACCUGAACCGCGUCAAGAAGAAGGAGUACAUCGAGCUGAAGGAUGCAGCCGGGCGGCCGGAUGAGGAAGUAGCAGAGGAGGCGUGGCGGAACCACAAGCGUCGCAACGACUCCAUCAUCGUCGACAUCUUCCACGGGCUCUUCAAGUCAACCCUGGUGUGCCCCGAGUGUGGCAAAGUUUCUGUGACCUUCGACCCCUUCUGCUACCUCAGCGUCCCUCUGCCCGUCAGCAAGGAGCGAGUCAUGGAGAUCUUCUUUGUCUACAUGGAUCCCAGCAAGAAACCUGAGCAGCACCGACUGAUUGUCCCAAAGGCUGGGAAAGUGCUCGACCUCUGCCGCACCUUGUCCAAGCACACUGGAGUGCCAGCCGAGCGGAUGAUGGUGGCGGAUGUGUUCAGCCAUCGCUUCUACAAGAUCUACCAGAUGGAAGAAUCCCUGAGCUGCAUUCUGGACAGGGACGACAUUUUCAUAUACGAAGUGUCGGUGUCCACGCAGGAGGACCCGGCCACGGCGGAUGCGGUGGUCCUGCCCGUGUACCUGCGGGAGUGCACCCAUGGGCGCGAGUACAGCGACACCUACUACGGGGUCAUGCUCUUCGGCCACCCGCUCCUGGUCUCUGUGCCUCGGGAACAGCUCUCUUGGGACGCCCUCUACCAGCUCCUGCUGCAUCGGCUCUCCCGCUACGUGACUCGUCCGGAUUCGGAGGAAGAGGAGGAGGAGGAAGAUCAGAGUGAGGAAGAGGACCUCUACAGCAAGAGGCCCAACGGGCUGAGCGAAGGUGAGGAGGAGGAGGAGGAAGAGGAGGAGGAGACGACGACAGCGGAAGGCUCCACCAGCCAGGAGCCCAGCUCGGAGACAGAAGAAAACCCCUCCGACGCCUCCGUAGGGGAGGAAGCAGCUGGAGGGGAGGGGAGGCAGAGCUCCAGUCCGUCCCCGCACCGGCCAGCCCAGUCCCCCCGGGCCCCCUCCUCCAGCCCCAGUCCCCCUACCGCCAACCAGCCCAAGCGCAAGUGUUGCCUGCCGCAGCGGCGGAAACUGCUCUUCACCCUUCAAGCGGUCAACUCGAAUGGUACCAGCGACCGGAUGGCCGGUCCGGACGAUGGCAGUGCUGUCUCCUUCAACUCCCAACCGUACGUUGCCAUAGACUGGGAUUCGGACAUGAAGAAGCGCUACUACAACGAGGUGGAAGCAGAGGGCUACGUCAAACACGACUGCAUGGGCUACACGCCGAAAAAGAACCCCGUGAGACUGCAGGAGUGCAUCGAGCUGUUCACCACGGUGGAGACGCUGGAGGAGGAAAACCCUUGGUACUGCCCCACCUGCAAGAAGCACCAGCUGGCCACCAAGAAGCUGGACUUAUGGUCGCUGCCGGAGACCCUAAUCAUCCACCUCAAGCGCUUCUCCUACACCAAGUUCUCCAGGGAAAAGCUCGACACUCUUGUGGAGUUCCCCAUCCGGGACCUCGAUUUCUCCGACUUCAUUAUCAAGCCACGGAAAGAAACCGACCACACGGUGUACAAAUACGACCUCAUCGCUGUGUCCAACCACUACGGUGGCCUCCGAGACGGGCACUACACGACGUUUGCCCGGAACAAAGACAGCGGGACGUGGUUCUACUUUGACGACAGCAACGUCUCUCUGGUUUCCAAGGCCCAGAUCGAGUCCAAAGCUGCCUACGUCCUCUUCUAUCAACGUCAGGACAAAAUCCGACAGCCGGCUCCCCCUCCCGCAGCCACGAGCACCGCCAGCGCCAGAGAGCAGGAGGACUACGAGGCCAGCUGCGAUUCUCUUCCCAGCCAGACCACUGGCCGAGACUUCAUGGAUGUGGACUGACCCUCACCUGGCUCCCCCCCUGCUCUCUUCGUUGCAGCCGGGGAUGCUGUGGGGGGGGGCAAGAGCCAUGCAUCUUCCUUUCCUCCGAAACUGAACGCUGGCAGCCGUAUUCUCUCUCCAGGGGCAGCGAUUCAUCUUUCUCAGGCUUUGGAACAGGGGUUUAGGGCAGGGCUGGAGAGAGGACGCGCCCCCUGCUGUUCCCCCUGUGCGUUGCACAUAGUUUCUUGUUCUAAAAGACUUGUGGGGGGGGAUCUUUGUCCUUCCCCACCCCCAUUAUAGGGGGAAAGUGUUGCACCAGCAUUUUGUAAGAUAAAAGAGGGCGGGGGGGGAGGCUUUUGGGUUCCUCCAUCUCCAAAGCGUGGAGCUGUUUUCCGAGCUAGAGCUUCAGGAUGGAGGGGGAACUGUCACGGAGAUCAUUCUCGAGAGCCUUCGGGUGUGCUACCCACUUCUCCCCUCCCCGAAAAAGCACUGGCGCUUCAGUUUGCUCUCUUAGCAUGGGGGUUGACUGCCCCUUCCGCUGCUGCUUUCAGAUUCCGGGGGUUCCCUCCCCCGCGGUCAGCCAUACACGGCUCUUGUUUUUGCUCGGGAAGAUGUUUUUUAAAAAAUGAAAAAGUAUUCUCUCUUUCUCUCCGGCCAGUUUGACACACGCAUCCCCCUACCCCUAACCCAGUUGCAGCAAGGCGCCGGGAUAAGUCUACCUUGUCCUCUCCCCCCCCCCACUUCUCAAGUGCCUCCUUCUGCACUCCAACCCCCUUCUCGAAUAGCAGAGCAAUAAUUUUGACAGCUCCCCCUGCCGCUAGACCCACAUGCGUUUCUUGGGCCGUCUUUUCCUCUCACGGUUUCCUUGUUUCUGAAGCCGCCUCGCUGCAGCCGGGGCGCUGCUCGUUAGUUGCUGGACUGCAAAUCUGCUGCCACGGAAUUUUCGUGUCGAAGCCUGUUGGGACGGGGAGGCGGGGGAGACCUGAGCUACGUCCAGCAGAUGCAGCCCCAGAGCUAUUCCUGCCCUCCUCCCCCUCCUCCGUCAGAGAGCAAGGAGCAUCACAACCCGCUUCCCCUCUCCAGCCACCUCGGUUGAGUGCAGGGGAGCACCGUGGGUGUCGGUCGUAGGCCUCGCCUGGCCCCGGAGAGUCGGCGGGAGUCGGAUGGAAUUCUAGCAGGAGCUGCUUUGCAUAUUAGGCCACCCCCCUUCCCGAUGCAGCCAAUCCUCCAAGAGCUUACAAGGCUCUUUUUUGUAAACUCCUGGAGGAUUGGCCACAUCGGGGUGUGUGUGGCCUAAUAGGCAAAGAAGCUCCUGCUAGAAUUCUACCCCUGGCGGGAGGCCUUCCCUCCCUUUUUUCGCUCAGCGUCUCGACUACUGCUGCUGCUUUCCAGGCUCAGGGAUCACACUGGUUUGUAAAUAAGUUUUCCUCGUGCGGGGCAGGGAGCGAGCUGAGGCGCCCACAGCCACGCACGGAGCACUUGCCGGCCGCAGGAGCCCAAAGUGUAUUUUCUUAAGGAUUUUGGGAAGAAGUUUCCUUCACUGGAUUUGGGGAGGCUCUUUCUUCUUUUGUGAGUUUUUUCUUAUUCUGAAGAAACUAUUUUUGGCAUGUGGCAAAAAAAAAAGAAAAACCACCUGUACAUAAAACGACUUCGUUGAAGGA